ACAGGGCGGCCUUCGCCAACAGCAGCGGUAGCAGCAGCCAGACACACUGACAAAAGGCUCGGGUUCUCGUAGAGUUGCGGACGACGACGGGCAGUAACUGCACCAUUCUCCCUUUCUCGUCUUGGAAUAAGCCUUCAAAAUUCACCAGUGUCUCGCGAGAGUAACAAGGCCACCGAGUAACCCGUCGUGUGUGCAGCAUACGUGCUCCGUCUUCUCCGCGAACUCCUAGUGCGCAGUCGAGUUCGCGCAGCGUAUCGCCCGUCUCCAAAGAAGACUGAUUCAUCCUCCACAACUUUUUCUCCUAAUCUCUCUCACUAAUUCUUUUGAGCUGCUUGGAUACCUGUUUGCUUGUCUGCGUUUUUGCGCACAUCAUACACAGCACCCGAAGGACGUUCUUUACGCCAGAGUGAGUGACGAGGACGAGAAAUCAGAAAAAAGGGGACAGCAGUGCGUGAGAGUGCACGCGAGAGCUCUGUGUAUUCGUGAGCGCGCUCUCUAACAGCCGAACUUUUGGCUGCUAAACCUAUACGUCUUCGUCCUCGUCGUCGUUAAGUGCCGAGGAAUGUCGACCCCAGCCAGAAGGCGACUCAUGCGAGACUUUAAGAGGCUACAGGAAGAUCCACCCACUGGAGUCUCCGGUGCACCCACUGAUAACAAUAUUAUGAUAUGGAAUGCUGUUAUAUUUGGACCACAUGACACUCCCUUUGAAGAUGGCACCUUCAAACUCACAAUAGAAUUCACAGAGGAAUAUCCUAAUAAGCCACCAACAGUGAGAUUUGUUAGUAAGAUGUUUCAUCCAAAUGUCUACGCAGAUGGUGGAAUCUGUCUGGACAUUCUGCAAAAUCGUUGGAGUCCUACUUAUGAUGUCUCUGCAAUUUUGACAUCUAUACAGUCGCUGUUAAGUGACCCAAACCCAAAUUCACCCGCCAACUCAAUGGCGGCACAACUGUACAAAGAGAACCGACGCGAGUACGAGAAGCGAGUGAAGGCUUGUGUGGAGCAGAGUUUUGUGGAUUAGUUGGAGGCAAGAGCUCGUCGCUGUCGGAGCAGCAACUUAAGGUUUUGUCAGUAUACCGUAUCCUUAACGGCAGUUGACAACAGCUACAGCACCAGUUGCUACACAAGGCGUGUUGAGGACGAGAGGAGAGCUAACGUGCCACGCUAUUGAAUUGGAGCUAUUGCCUUUGUGCUUUAGUUUUUUUAUAAGCAUUUCAACUCCCCAAGUCUCUGAUUCGAUCACACAAAUUGUACUCUCUCUCUCCCUCUUUUUUACACACCAAACAAAACAACCAUGAACUUUAUACUUAAUUGGGUAGUUCUUGUUUUCUGUUUACUAUGAAUGUAUUCUAGAUUAUCUAUUGUUUUUAUUUCUCUUUUUUUUUAAACACAAAAGUUUAGUAUCGAUACACGCAAAUUUGUGCAUAAAAUAAUUUUAUUCUAUGUCCCUUUGAAAAAUUGUAUUAUCAACUUUAAAUUAAUAAAUACAGGCAAUAAUUAUAAAUAGAAUAUUAUUUCAAAUUUGAGCAUGCGAUAGUAACAAGUCGGAUUUGUGAUUGAUUUUAACGCGAACUUCAUCAUGAGUGUCAAUCUGCAGGUAAAUAAUGUUUUUAUGUGACUUUUUUGAUACUUGGAAUUUUUGAUUGUAAAAAUUGUAUAUACAUAUUUAUUUUGUAUUUUGGUGCUGAAUUGGAAGCUAAGACGCAUACAUUUUUCAUGAAAUAAGGACUACCCCAAAACUUAUACGAAUAUGCAGCUAUAUAAGAUCAAA